AUGGCUGUUUCGGGUUCAAUGUUUUUGACCGAGGUAGUAGUUUCGGAACUACGAAGCUGUGUUAAGUGUAAAGAUUUUUUAAUCAAAAGCCAAUUUGCUGAUCUUUUUUCUGUUAUUUUGAAAGAGUCAAAGGACUUAGAAAAUACAUCACAUGUGAAGAAAAAAACUAAACGCAAAACUAAAGUAAGAAAAAACAGUAAGCCUUUAUCUAAGAGUGAAUACAAGGCACAAUCAGGUCAGUCAAUUUUAUUUACAAAUGAUAUUGCAAACCUUAUUACAAAUAUGAAACUAUACCCAAUGGAAUUGUCGCUGUGGAGUAAAGCAUAUCCUAAAUAUAAAAUUGCUUCAACUAACGUUCCCUGGAGUGCAAAGUUCAUUGAAUACUUAGAAGAAAUUUGUAUAGGAACACGGCCUCAGCCUGUUUCUAUCACAGGAGAAUACAACGUGUUUGAUGAAGUGACCUCCAGGCGCAUGGCCGUAAUAAAGCUCAAUAUGAAGUUGAGUUAUUUAACAGAUAAAAUCACAACACAGCUCAAAUCUUUGGCUGAAGAAACGCCACAGAAGUUAGAAACCAUCUUAACCAAAGUCCAGGAUGAAAAACUUUAUGCAGAAGAGACUGGCAUUAUUAGGACUCUAUAUAGUGGUGGAAAGAAGAACGUUAGAAAAUCUAAGACGAAAAAGCCUAAAAGUUCGGCAAAUCCUCACUUAACCAAAGAAAAAACGGUUGAAAACGAAAUUAUUAAAAAUAAUUCGUUUCAUAUUAUAAAUGAAUCACUAGAAAACAGAAACAUAAACAGCAGUAUAAUAAGUUUAGUAAAAAGUACUACAGAUAUUGAUAAAGAUAGAGAAAUUGAUUUAUUGAAGUGCAAAUCAUGUUCAUCAAUGAACCAAGAACAUUUGAAAAUUUUGAAUUAUAUUUUUGGUGACCCAGCAGGUACUUUCGGCAACCAGGUAUACUGUGUAAACUAUUUUACAAUAGAUGACACUAAAAGCGAUUCACCUUCUCCAAAAAGUACUACUAAAACUUCGGUAAAAUCAGAUCUAAGCACAACAAAAGAAUCAGAAAAAAAUGAUACAUCGGAAAAAUCUAGCACUAAAAACUUCUAUAAACUUAAAUUAUGUGACAAUGAAUGUCCUCAAAAUGAUGAUAUUGGUUCAUUAGAUAUACCAAUAGAAAAUGCAGCAGAGAUUGAAGUAAUCAAAUGUAAAGACGUAAAUUGUAAACAUAAAGAAUUUAGGAAACUACCGCCUCCCCCAGAUGAUAGAAUUUUAUUAGACUUGGCUAGUUUAAAGAAUAUAUGUUGCGAUAAAAGUGAAAAGGUGGAUACAAUUGAGAAGGUAGAGGAAGUAUUUGGAGGCAUGAUAGCAAAGAUGAAAUUCGGAGACGACCCUUGCUAUUGCGAGUGUCAAUGCAAAUUUGGCUUUACGAAAAAGACGAAAUAUUGUAAAGUAUGUGGAGGUUACGAAACUAUAGGUGAAGAUGAGGUUGUAGAUGAUCCUCAACUCGAAUUCCCUUGUCCAAUUUAUCAUAAUUUAGCUGAUAAACCCAAAACUAAAUCUAGUAUAAUUAGUGAUCCGAAAAAAGGUGGCAAGGCUAAAAGUUUAGCUGAUAAAAGCAUUGAAUCCGAAAAAGAAACUAAAAAGGGCAAGAAAAAGAAAAAGGAUGACAAAUUUAAGUUUAACUAUGGUUAUACAGGUAUACCACCCCACAUUGGACACGAUUACUGUGCACAACCUUGUGCAGGUACAUUGGGAGAAGUACCUAAGAGCAUGGGUUGGCUCUGGACUGCUGAGAACGUACCAGGGAUGAAGUUCCGUCCAUCAUGGAAACCUGGUGCGGUGAAUAAGCAUGUAUUAAGGUUACUACGUAUGGCAAAGCAUCCAGGUGAAAUUUUCACGAAAAAGAAGAAAAAGAGGGAUUCAGGCAAAGUAAAGAGACCUUUAAAGAGACCAUUAUUAAUAGUACAUAAGAAGGAUGGCGAAUUUACAGUUACUAUGGAAACAAUGAAAGCAUAUAGUAAACCGAGAACUAUAAAUCAAGUUCCAUAUGAGGACAAAGAUGCAUUAACAUACACGAUAGGCAGAACAGAGGAAGAAAAUCGGCAACGGCGCAUAAAGAAAGAGCGAGCACAGAGGCGGCUGGAGAGAUCGCAACGUGAAUUUAUUCAGAGUGCUUUUCAUGAUAUGUGUCAAGAGAUCUGUUUGAAGACUUACCAGCAAGCGCUCGGUAUUUUACCACAUGCUGAAGAUCCCGACUGCACCUGUUAUCCGGCAGAUCCAGGGCCUGACAGAACUGAUCUAGAUCAUUCUUGUUCCUGUUCUGAAGACUCAAACCUUUCAUUUUCUGAUACGGAUUCCGAUGAGUGGAUUGUGGAAUUUACGCCCCCCACGGCUACAUUUGACCCAACUUACAAAUGCAAGAAAAUAACAACCACAGAAAAUUCAAGUCAAUAUACAUAUUUAGAUUAUAGAGUAAAGUUAUUAGAUAGAUACGGCAAUCCUGUACCCAGAUUUUUCAAAGGCCCCGACGGAAAAGAGCAGUGCAGUGACUUAGGUGGUUUUUGGAGCCCAGAUCAUAAAUGGCUAGAAAUAAAUGUAGAUGGUUUUAUAGGACCGGAUGGAAAAUGGGCUCCCCAUAUUUUCAUUGGUCCUGAUGGGGAAAACGUUGAUGCUGAAAUCGGCAAAUUCCAAGCUAACGAUGGAACUUGGUUAGUGGUUGGAGUUGAUGGAUACAUCGAUUCUACUGGCAAGUGGAGAUACUAUUCGAAAGUAGGAAAAGGAACACCAGACAAAAAGCGUCGGUCAGCAGUAGCAAAGGACAAGAAAGGGAAAAGUGGUACUAAAAAAGAAGUCCCCGUAUCUACAAAGAAAUCAGAGACCACUUGGAGUUGUUUUGGCGAUGCGAACCCUAGUUAUUUGUCUAAAUUAGGGAUUUUAGGUCACGGACAUGAUAGGAAACUGCUUUUAGAUACAUUAAAUUCAUUAAUAGCCCAAGGAGAAGAUCUCAAAAUACCAACCCCAUCAUUUGUACCCAGGAGCAAACGUAAGAGAACAAAAGUUAAACAUAGUUCUGAUUUAUACGAUUCAGAUAAAACUAAAUGCAGACAUCCGAUACCGUCUAGUAAAGGUGUUCUAGCCGUUGAUAGUUAUGGGAAUAAGAUUUACUUUAGAUUACUGGACUAUAAGAAUAAGAGACCUGAACAGAGAAUAUUGAAUCUCACAUCUCAAGGGAUCAGUCUAAGCUCAUUUCAUGUGCCAUGUUUCCAUUCAUUUAUCAAUUCAGAACUGAUGAAGAAGCAAUUGUAUAAGAGGCGAGCGAAGCUUGCUGAACAACAUGGUUACGUCCCAAAACCACCCCGCAAAUCUUCUCCUGCGUCUGAUUGUUCCUCUAAGGCCAAGCCCAGAUAUCGGAAUGCAAUGGUAGCACAAGGAUGGAAACCCGGUGCUAUUUCUAAGCGCCUCUUACGAAAGUUGAACAAGGCUAAAAAGUCAAAGUUGCCAGUAAGAAAAGUAAAGGUUGCGAAGAAAGUUAAAAAGAACGUAGAAGAGAAGCCAACACUUAUCGUCUGUAAAAUGAAUGGGGCAUAUCACAUAGAGAUGCAGAUCUCGCCUGCGAACAGUGAUACAAAUAUGGAUCAGUGCAGCCCUUUGAAAUAUACGAUUCAGAAUGAAGAUAAUGAGGAACGAAUACAGAAGCGGUUAAGGAAAAGACAGCGUCUGAUCAAAGAGGCUGUUAAUAAAGUUUGGUCGGAUCCUUAUCACCCAGACGUCUGCGAGAAAACGUGCCUCAAAGCGUAUAAACAGGCAGUUGGUCUUCUGCCUUAUGAUCCCAAUAAUCCUGAGUGUACAUGCUCUAACGAUGAAAAGUCUGAAGAUUCCAUUAGCUGCUUUUGUGAGGAAUCUGAUACAAGUUCUGAAGGUGGCUCCUUAGAUCUUCAAUGGGAAAUUCAUUUCACCCCACCUAGUGCACAUUAUUGA